CAUUCGCUGCUGCAGGGUCCGAAGGAACAUAGUUGGCAAGUCGCCGUCGUCCCAUCCGGACCAUGAAGCCCGAGCACGGGGUCGAGAAGCCGCAGCCCGGGGCCCUGGCCCAUGCAGCCAGCGCCUUGGUGCACAUUCUACUGCUCUUCCCGGUCCUCUAUAUCGUCGGCCUCGGCAUCGAGAACUACAGCUUCUUCUCCUGGCAUCCGAUCUGCAUGGCCCUUGGAGCCGGCCUCCUGGCUAUCGAAGCCGUUUUCUCCAUCUCCGGCGAGGCCAACGUUUCGAAGAAACUCUCACGGCCGGGUCGCGUGACUCUCCACUGGAUCCUGCAUUUGGUGGGCAUGUGCCUCUUGGUCGCCGGACUCGCGAUCAUCGUCGUAAACAAGGAGCGACACGGACAUCCGCACUUUGGAACGAGCCACGGUCAACUCGGGCUCGCCACCAUCGUCAUCGUCUUCCUCAUCGGGGCUUUCGGCAUUCUCGCUAACAACGCUCGAUGGUUCUACCCCCAAGUGCGGCCCGUCCUCAUCAAAGUUACGCACGCGUUCGCCGGCAUCGGCUUGACGGUCCUGCUGUUGGCCACUGUCAUCAAUGGGACGUACCGCGCCUGGUGGACCAACAUCGGUGCCUCGGAGACCGGGCGCGGUCUCGUCUUUGCCUCCCUCGUCAUCGCGGGCUUUGUCGUGCUGGUGAAGCCGAUUAUCGGGGCCAUCUCCAGGAGUCGCGUUCUCGGCCAGCCGCCGCCCUCGGCACCGGUCGCUAUGACCGACACCGUUCGAUGAGAGUGCCGUGGCUCCGCUUCCUUUACCUCUCUCCCAUCCCCCGACUCUCGCGCUAAUUUCCUUGCCUUGCGAAAUAUUUUUUUACCUUUAUGCGCGCCCAAUCUCGACGAAGUCUCUUUCAUAAUGUCAGACGACGCAGGAUUAUCACUCCGACCGUGGGAGUCGGAUACUCGCACUAAUAUCUCCUCGCUCGUAGGUCGUCGAGAAAUUUUCAUAGGGCGUCGUUACGGGUGGGUGCGCGGGCUCGAUUGUGCGCGCAUGUGGGUAAGCGAGCGAGCGAGCGAGAGAGGAAGGCAGAAACGAAAGGAAAUGAUAAAAAUAAAGAUGCGCAAGCACGCAAACGCUGCAUCAUCCUUCAUGUGUUUCCAAAGAUACGUAUUAAGCAAUGCUUUGUUCUUUUCUAACAUUAUUUGCCACAUCGUUAAUGCAAUAUGUUGUCGUAGAAUAAUCGGCGCGCAAGCUUGAAUCGAUAUAUCGAUAUAUCAUUUCAUUAUGCGGCUGUUGGGUGUGAGUAUUGUCUUAUUGUAAGAGUAAUUAAUAUUAAUGUGGUGAAAUAUCGAAACGGGGCAAUGAUGCGAUAAAUGUUUUUUUAUUUUUGAUAAUUUAAAUUUACAUUCGCGAUAGCUAGAUCUUUGAUCAUAAGAAUUA